CAGUCCUCAAGGCUCAAACAAACCUCACCAACAACAUCUUCCUAGUUUCUCCUCUCUCAUUCAUUCUCUCCCUUCAUUUUCCCCUCUUCUCCUUCUCUUCCACCGAAGUAAACCCUUCACCUUUUUUUCACUGAACCCCAAAUCCCAUCUUAAUUUUAUAAAACAGUGGUUUCAGUUGCUGCAGGUAGUAGACGAGGUUCAAACUUCAAUUUCUGCUGCAACAAUUUCCUAACCCUAGUAGAAAACCCAUAAAAAGCUAAGCUUUUCUUUUCUUCUUUGUUUAUCAUUUUUUAUUAUUAUCUUAAAUAUUUUUAUCCAGCACCCCUUGAUGUUUGAGCCAUGGACAUAACCCCAACAACAACGAUCAUCACCAACAUCAACAACACUGCAACACCAACAACAACAAUUGCAAUUGCUGCAGCAGCAACUUCAUCAAAAUCCCCAGAGCAUGAAACUGAGACACCACCCAGGAUUGCUAACACCACCACCCCACCACCAACAAAGGCUUUGUCUUUUUCCAACGGUGUUCUCAAACGCCACCACCCCUCUUCCUACCACCACCACCACCACCACCCCCUUUCUGCUAAUCACACCACCAUGGCGGUUGCUUACAAAGAAUGCCUCAAAAACCACGCCGCCAAUUUAGGCGGCCACGCGCUCGACGGCUGCGGCGAGUUCAUGCCGGCACCUUCCGCCACCGCCGCCGACCCCAGCUCGCUAAAAUGCGCUGCCUGCGGCUGCCACCGGAAUUUCCACCGCCGUGAGCCGGAAGAGCCGCCAAUCUCCACCGCUGUGAUUGAGUACCAGCCCCACCACCGCCACCACCCUCCUCCGCCGCCGUCGUUCCAGCCUUCCAGCCGCAGCCCAAAUUCAGCUUCUCCUCCUCCGAUCUCGUCCUCCUACUACCCCUCCGCACCCCACAUGCUCCUCGCCCUCUCCACCGGACUGGCGGCGCCGCCGGAGAACGCUGCGGGCCCCACCUCGUCCUCAAGGAAGCGUUUCAGGACCAAGUUCAGCCAGGAGCAGAAGGAGAAGAUGCUGAAAUUCGCUGAGAGAGUUGGGUGGAAAAUGCAGAAGAAGGACGAGGAUUUUGUUCAGGAUUUCUGCAACGAGAUUGGAAUUGAAAGAGGGGUUCUCAAAGUUUGGAUGCAUAACAACAAGAACACUUUUGGGAAGAGAGAUGGUAGCAACGAAAUCAACAACAACAACAUCAACAACAAUAUCAACAAUGCUGGUUCUGCUAAGAGUUUUUUUGCAAAGGAAAAUCAUGACCCUGUUAUCACCAACAUUAACAGCGCCUCUGAAAUCAAUGGCAAUGGAAAUCGCAACCAUGGUGCUGAGGAUCCAAUUCAUCAUCACUACCAGAACGAUGGUGGAGCAACAGUUCGUGCUAAUGGGUCAUCUUCAUCUUGAAUCUUGAUCGAUCUUUCAUGGGGAAGAACAAAAAUGAUGAUGAUAAUAACAUGUUUAGAACAUUAGAUUAAGGAUGGUACCAGUUUAGUUUAAUUAGUGGUUUAAUUUUUACCUUUCUUCUUUAUUCUCUCUGGUCUUUAAUUGUUAGUUUAUAUUAUGGAUGAGAUUAUGAUGAUGAUGAGAGAUUAGUCAUGAAUGAUAUCCUGUAGGAAAUUUAUUUUAUUUUCA